UCAUUCGUUAUGACGCUCAUUGCAUUACGAUUGCAAACUUCUAAGGAAGCAUAUCAUCAAAUUAUUGAAAUUGUAAUUCUUGUGCGCGUAAGUGAAAAAUGCCUAAGACUCGAAAAAGUUUGAGUGUACGGAGAAAAAGCAGAAAAGUGAUAACAAAGAAGGCUGCAGCAUUAAAAGAGAAAAAACAUGACAUAGAAGAUGGUAGCAUAUUACCCAGUACUGAAAACGAAUGUUACAUUACCGAUCAAUGUAAUGAUUGCUCUAUUGACGAUUCUUUUGCUAUACCUAUUGUAUCAGAAAUUAUGGACACUAGCAAUACAUUGUCCUCAAAGGAAGAAAUGGAAACCAAAUACUUUUCCUAUGCUUCCUCAAUAAACGACAGCGAUGUAGACGAAAAUGAAAUGAACGCUGAUUUGGGUUUAUCUGGUCGGCGAAUUGUAGAUUUACAUCAUUUAUUCAAUUCUCUAAAAUCUUUAAAACACAACGGCUUUGGAUGUUCUUUUUACGACUUGGAAAUUACAGGAGAGAAAUUGGAGGGAUUAGGAAGCACACUGACGUUCAAGUGCAACAUGUGUGGAAAAUUAGAUACCAUCAAGACAAACGGUGGCAAAUCAUCUUUUGGUUCUGCUACUCGUAGUGCUGUUAUCGGUUGUUUGACGGUUGGAAUUGGGUACAGUCAAUUUUCUGAACUGCUUGCGGCAAUGGAUAUUCCUCAAAUGUCAAAUGGUUUAUAUUUAAACUACCACAAUCAGAUCAUCUCUGCCGUACAUACAGUAAAUAGCGAUUUAAUGUCUGAAGCGGCACAGGAAGAAGCCGAACUUGCUGAAGAAACAAAUAAUGAAGGUGUUCCAACUAUUGCAGUAAUAACAGAUGGAGCAUGGUCAAAACGAUCAUAUCGGAAAAAUUAUUCUGCACUUUCACGAGUGGGGUGGUAA